AAGAAGAAGAAGAAGUGACGCUGCUGCUGGAUCUUUCUUGCGCUUUUUUAAAACUAAAACAGCAACAUUUCUAUCUAGACGGACAUCAGUGGGCAGAGCAGGACAAUAAAUCCACACACGCACUGAUAACGAUGGAAGUAAAAGAGGAACCUCAGGAACUGAAUGAAGUGGAGGGGAAGCAGCAGGAACCUCAUGAUGUCAUCACUGAAGAAAAAUCUGACUCCAAUCAACAUGGAAAGAGUUCACAAAAAGGACAACAUAGUGAUGAUAUAAGCAUUAACGGUAAAGAGAAAAGUCACACAAGCCAGGAGUCUGGAGAAGGUUUUAAAUAUGCUAAAAACUUGAAGAAACAUUUGGGAACUCACACUGGAGAGACAUCCUACAAAUGCCCUCAUUGCAAUAAGGGUUUUACACAUUCAAAUAACUUUUAUAUACAUUUAAGAACUCAUCCUGAAGAGAUGCUGUACAAAUGCCCUCAUUGCGAAAAGGGUUUUACACGUGCAGAUAACUUUUAUAUACAUUUGAGAACUCACCCUGAAGAGACGCCAUACAAAUGCCCUCAUUGCGAAAAGGGUUUUACACGUGCAGAUAACUUUUAUAUACAUCUGAGAAUUCACAAUGAAGAGAUGCCAUACAAAUGUGAUCAGUGUGAAAAGAGUUUUAAACAUCAAGAUAACUAUAAGAGACAUUUGAUAACUCACACUGGAGAGAGACCGUACACCUGUCUUCUGUGUGGGAAGGGUUUUAAACAGAAAGUGACCCUUAAGAUUCAUGAACUAAUUCACACUGGAGUGAAGCCUUACACCUGUCCUCAAUGUGAAAAGAGUUUUAGACAGAAAUCUAAUCUUAAGAGUCACAUAACAUUACACACUGGGGGGGAACCUUACAUCUGUCCUCAGUGUGGAAAGGGUUUUACACAGAAAGCACAUCUUAAGUGUCACAUAACAAUUCACAUCGGUGACAGACCUUUUACUUGUCCUCAGUGUGGAAAGGGUUUUCUAAAAAAAAUAAGACUGGAAGAUCACUUGAGAGUUCAUACAGGAGAGAAACCUUUCAAGUGUACUCAGUGUGAAAAGAGUUUCAAAAAUGCAUCAUAUGUCAAAGUCCACGAGCAGACUCAUUGUAAAGAAAAAUCAUUUAACUGUGCUGAGUGUGGGAAAACAUUUGGAUCAGCAUAUUUCCUGAAACAACACAAGAAAAUUCAUGUCAAUGAAAAGCCUUACACUUGUUUUGUUUGUGGAAAGAGUUUUGUACUGAUUGAACAUUUGAAAAAACACCAGAUAAUACAUACUGAUGAGAAAACUCAUGUGUGCUCUGAGUGUGGGAAAACUUUUUUGACAACCAGAGCUUUGACAAAGCACCAAAGAGUCCAUACUGGAGAAAAACCAUGAACAUGAGUGUGAAAAGAGAUUUACAGAUUUACAUUACUUUUAAGGCACACAAGAGUUUUUUUUAACAUGGAACAGUUUACUUGGAAUGCCAAUACCAAAAUAUUGUUUGCCAAGCCAUGUUGUUUUUGCUGAAGUAAAUAAAAGAGGAGUUAGAAGUCACACAAUACCAGUUGUUUCAAAACUUCUUGUAAACCUUAUUUGUGGUCCUCCAGGUAUUUUCAGUGUCCUAUGGCUUUGUUAGCUGGGAUUACACACCCCAAAAUUACGGCUGCGUUGUCCAUGGUGCUGAAUUCAAGCGCACCUCAUCAGCUCUGCUUAUUUGCGACCCUAUCCUAAUUUGCGCUGCUCUUAGUAGAUUGUGUUAUUUAAUUUGCUCUUUAGUAAAUAACCUGCAGAUAUUACCACUUUUUUGGAAUUGCACUCUCGCGCUAAUUUGCCUCAUUUAGUAAAUCUGGCCUAAUGUUAACUGCAGUCACUUUCCAAGAAGUUGGUCAGGAAACUCCAAUAGCAGAACUCAACACUAAGCUCUGUGCACGCGUGCCAUCGAACACAAUGCACGUCACGUUUUCAAGUUUAAGGCGGCAGUUCAAUAUAGAGUAAUAGAGUAAAUCUAAUCAUCAUACAGUAAAAAUCACUUCAAGAAUAAAAACAUGGCAUUUAGUUUUGUUGUAAAACAGAAAAAGAAAAGCCAAUCUUUUAUUGUAAAAGCAGACUUUCUGCAGUCUGCAGAAAUACUACACACCCUUCCAGCCUACUUUGAAAUCAUUAUGUAGUAUUUGCAGCGUACGUUAAUAUUCUCUUAAUAUUUGUUUUUAACAAUGCGCUGCGCUGCCACACGUCGAAAUAAAUUAAAUAAGCAUUAAAUUUGGGGUAGCACCUGGGGUGGCCAGUCAGAUGUCGGGGGUCCAGUGCCACCCUGGACACCCCUCUGGCUCUGACAAUGAUAUGAUUUCCUUUUUUGCUAAAGGAUAGCAAAAAAAAUUACAAUAUGCAAUUCCUACAGAUUAUGAAAAUCUUAAAACUAGGGUUGUUCUGACUUGUAUCGGAUUGGUACUUGGGUUCCACUUCUUUAUAAACCUAGUUAUGCCCGUUAUAGGUAAUGCUGCAAAGCAAAACUCAUUUCUUCUUCGCUGCUCUGAAUGCAAACACCAGAAAGUUGCCACACGCGUGACGCAAGCGCUGAUUACUUAGAAAUGAAAGCGCGCACCCAUAUGUCCGCUGUUUGUUAGUAUUUCAGACUAAUAAAAUGUUGACAUGUCUCAUAUGCAAUGCUGCAUUUUCGAUAGGUUGCACAAGUAUUAAUAACUUUAAAACGAGUAACUUAUUACAGUAUUUGAAGACGCUUCACCCUGAAAACAUGAUGGUUACAAUCAAGUCUCUUAUUUCACUACAUUGUGGCUACACCUAGUGUUUUUAAAGGAGCUUUAUUUUGCUUUGUAUUUAAAAACUGAAAUGCCUUUUGUUUAACGAAAUUCUUUUUAGACUUAAGUUUUAAAUAGAUUAUUUUGUUAUAUUAUUGAUAUAAUUUUUUAUUCCUUAUGUGUUUGCACUGUUUUAUACAGUUAUAUUCUAAAACUAAAAUGCCCUUUCCGUUUAUAAUGUUAGAUUUGUGGCUCUUUUUCACUUAGGAAAAAUAAAUAUUACUGUCAAAUGUCUUUCAGCAGGGCUCAUCAUAAAGGACUGCCCGGUUGCCCGGGGCAAGCGUGAGAGACGUUCGGGCAAGUCAAAAGUAUUGUCACUUGCCCGAUCGGGCCAGUGCUUCACCCUCAGUCACUAAAAUAUAUUUUCAUCAAUGUAUAUUAUUUAAAAUCUUGGAAGCAGACAUUUACUUGGGUAAAACACGACGAAAGAAACAAUGCAAUAUUUUGCAGAGUUUGCUGUCAGUUUACAGGUAAAGCAGAAAAGUUGGGAAUCUUUUUUCUUUGGAACAUGUCUGUUGUACAUGUAUACAAUUAUACUUUUAUUAUUAUUAUUUUAUUAAAAUUAUUAUUUUUACAUAGGUUACACUGAUAGUUUUUUUUUUGGGGCCAGUGAAAAUUUUGGCAGGGCAACUGAAAACCUGAACGCCAGUAUAAAAAAUUAUUUGCGUUGAGCCCUGCUUUCAGAUAAUAAUACUCUAGUUCACUGUAUGUAUCUUUUCAUGUUUUAUACAGGAAAAAGUCUAAAGCACACCAUAAAACGGUUAUAUCCAUUCAUACAGGGCUAGUAGUAUGUACAGCUGUAUAUUGUACAGAUACACACCCAGGUAUCGGACCGGUACUCUGUAUAUGCCGAUACCCCGAGCCCAGGUAUUGGGAAGAGAAAAAUGGUAACGGAACAUCUCUACUUAAAACCAAAUAUAUCCUUUUCAAAGGUUACCUCUUUAGUGAGUAAAUAACUUAAUGUCUAUGAAAUGAUAGGUGUAAGAAAUGCAUUGUUAAGAUAUUAAAAUUAAAUUGUUGUGGUUUUAAGUUUACUAAAUAAUCUCAAAAUAUGAAUCAUUUAUUUCCCACACAUCUGUCAAAUAAGGUUGUUGUUUUUUUAGAAUUUGAGCUUUAAUGUGAUGGUGGGUAAAAUAUUAAUGAAUUUCAUUUUGAGUGAAUUAUUCCUUUCAUUGUUGCAAAAUAACAUAGACUUUUGCAGUUGUAUUGGGGGGGUGGACACUUUGGAAUGUGUUUAUAUAUUUCAUUGAUGAUGUUUUUUGAAGAUUGUUGUAUAGAAAUCAUAAUUCUGACCAUGGUAAUGAGUGUCAUUUGGGUUUAUCUGUGUUUACCAUGGUCAUUUUACAAACUAGAAUCAAACUUGUUUCCUUAAUGAAUUAUGAGGUUAGGUUUUAUUCAUAUUGUCUUUGUAUGUAAAAUUAACUAACUUAGACAUGUCUACUUAAAGGGAUAGUUCACCCAAAAAUGAAAAUUCUGUUAUCAUUUACUCACUCUCAUGUUGUUACAAACCUGUAUAAAUUUCUUUGUUCUGAAUAACACAAAGGAAGAGAUUUUGAGGAAUGUUUGUUAC